CACCUCUAGUUUUGUUGGACGUGUCACGUCGUCGACUGACGUUUAAUGGUGUAAAGCGAUUCUGUUUUAUGGGAUUUUUCGUGAAUAUCUCUGAAAUAUACAAGAGAUAUGCUAACAAAGUUCGAAACUAAGUCGGCGAGGGUGAAAGGUAUAUCCUUUCAUGCGAAGCGGCCAUGGGUUUUGGCGAGUUUACACAAUGGCGUGAUUCAGCUGUGGGAUUAUCGUAUGUGUACGUUGCUGGAGAAAUUUGAUGAACAUGACGGUCCUGUGCGUGGCAUUUGCUUCCACAUCCAGCAGCCGCUCUUCGUGUCCGGUGGUGACGACUAUAAGAUCAAGGUAUGGAACUACAAGCAGAGGCGAUGCCUGUUUACUCUGCUCGGCCACUUGGAUUACAUCCGCACAACAUUCUUCCACCAUGAGUACCCCUGGAUAUUGAGUGCUUCUGAUGAUCAGACCAUAAGAAUAUGGAACUGGCAAUCCCGACAAUGCAUCAGUGUGCUAACUGGCCACAACCACUACGUAAUGUGUGCACAAUUCCACCCGACCGAGGACCUUCUUGUGUCCGCCUCCUUGGACCAAUCUGUCCGAGUGUGGGACUUCUCGGGACUCAGGAAAAAGAGUGUGGCUCCGGGCCCUACGGGCUUGGCCGAGCAUUUGAGGAACCCGCAGACUACGGACCUGUUUGGACAGGCUGACGCUGUGGUCAAGCACGUGCUUGAGGGCCACGACCGAGGAGUGAACUGGGCAGCGUUCCACCCGAGCCUGCCUCUCAUUGUGUCGGCUGCGGAUGACAGACAAGUCAAACUGUGGAGGAUGAAUGACGCUAAGGCGUGGGAAGUAGACACAUGCCGAGGCCAUUACAACAACGUGUCGUGCGUCCUAUUCCACGCGCGCCACGAGCUCAUCCUCUCCAACAGUGAAGACAAGUUCAUUCGCGUCUGGGACAUGACGAAGAGGACCUGCUUGCACUCCUUUAGGAGGGAACAUGAGAGAUACUGGGUGCUAGCGUCUCACCCGACAUUGAACCUCUUCGCAGCAGGUCACGAUGCGGGAAUGAUAUUGUUCAAACUGCAACGCGAGAGACCAGCUUACGCCGUGCAUAAUAACAUACUAUUCUAUAUUAAGGAUAGGCAACUCCGCAAGUUGGACAUGGCAACCAAUCGCGACGCUCCUGUCAUGCAAAUCAAGGGAGGCGGCAGAAACCAACCAUACAGCAUGUCACUAAACCACGCGGAAUGGUGCGUGCUAGUGAACUGGCGUAUAGGCGACAACAGCACGUACGAGCUGUACGCGGCGCCACGCGACGGCGCCGACUCCCCGCCCAGCGAGCCGGCGCGGGGCCAGGCCACCACCGCAGUGUGGGUCGCCAGGAACCGGUUCGCGGCGCUAGAGAAGAACAACCAGCUGGUAAUCAAGAACCUAAAGAACGAAGUCUCCAAGAAGAUCUCAACCCCCACCUGCGAGGAGAUCAUGUACGCCGGCACUGGUAUGCUGCUGCUAAGAGAACCUGAUGCAGUCCAGCUCUUGGAUGUGCAGCAGAAGAGGACUAUUGCUUCUGUAAAAAUCGCAAAAUGCCGCUACGCAAUCUGGAACGCCGACAUGUCUUUAGUAGCCCUCCUAGGCAAGCACAGCGUGACCAUCUGCACCAAGAAGUUGGAACAGCUGUGCACAGUCACCGAGGGAGCCAGGGUCAAGUCCGGAGCCUUCGAUGACAGCACCCCGCAGCCAGUGUUCAUAUACACCACCGCUAACCAUAUCAAGUACUGCUGUAAGGACGGUGACUACGGGAUAAUUCGUACAUUAGACGUUCCCGUCUACGCAGUGAAGGUGUUGGCGAGCGAGGCCGGCGCCCGCGUGCUGUGUCUCGACAGGGAGUGUCGCCCCAAAGUGUUGAACAUCGACCCUACUGAGUACAGGUUCAAGUUAGCAUUGGUGACUCGUCAAUACGACCAAGUGUUGCACAUGGUUCGCACCGCUAAACUUGUGGGACAGAGCAUCAUUGCUUACUUGCAGGAGAAAGGAUACCCGGAAGUAGCGCUACACUUCGUAAAGGACGCUCGCACGCGCCUCUCGCUAGCGCUGCAGUGCGGCAACAUUGACGUGGCGCUGGAGGCCGCCAAGAGCUUAGACGAGCCCGCCGCCUGGGACAAACUCGCUCAGGCUGCACUCGCUAGUGGGAAUCAUCAGAUCGUGGAAAUGUGCUACCAACGCACGAAGAACUUCGACAAGCUGUCCUUCCUAUACCUGAUCACUGGCAACCUUGAGAAGCUGCGCAAGAUGAUGAAGAUUGCAGAGAUACGGAAGGACGUGUCCGCGCAGUUCCAGGGAGCCUUGUUACUGGGCGACACUAGGGAGACUAUUCGUUUGUUGAAGAAUGCUGGACAGCUAUCCCUAGCCUACUUAACAGCUAUCAACCACAAACAGACCGAAGAGGCUGAAAACCUGAAGGCUAUGUUAGAAGCUGCCAACUUACCCAUCCCGGAACCGAACCCCGAUGCACAGUUACUGAGACCGCCACUACCGGUGCAUAAUGCUCAGCCUAACUGGCCGCUGUUGGCUGUUUCGAAGAGUUUCUUCGAGGUGGCGGGCGGUGCUCGCGCAGGAGCCGCUACAAGCGGCGUGGCGGCCGUCGUGGCGGACGAGCCGCUCGAGGCCGCCGGCGCAUGGGGAGACGACGAGGACGUGCUGGAGGAGAACAAGAUUGAGGGUGAAGAAGGUGAAGAGAUAAUGGAGGACGCGUGUGAUGACGGCGGCUGGGAUGUCGGGGAUGAAGACCUGGACCUGCCUGAGGAGUUAGUGCCUGUUUCUGCUGACAUAGACGGCGGCGCUGAAGGUACGGAGUACUUCGUGGCUCCGACUCGUGGCACCAGCGCGGCGCAGGCGGCCGGCAAGCUACGCACAGCACACGACCACAUCGCCACCGGACAGUUCGAGAUAGCUCUCAGACUGUUGAACGAGCAAGUAGGCAUCGUGAACUUCGAGCCUUACCUAGAAACAUUCGUGUCGAUGUUCGGCCGCGCUCGGCUGACGUUCGGCGCCCUGGCGUCGCUGCCGCCGCUGUCCGCACACCUGCACCGCAACUGGAAGGAGGCCAGCGGCAAGGACUUGCUGCCUGUAGUCACAACCAAACUGAACGACCUCGUCACCCAACUGCAACAAUGCUACCAGCUCACCACAGCGGGCAAGUUCACUGAAGCCGUCGAGCGUCUGCAGCGCAUCGCCAUGUCGGUGCCCCUGCUGCAGCUCGACACCAAGCCCGAGCUGACGGAGGCGCAGCAACUCCUCAACAUCGCCAGGGAGUACCUGCUGGGGCUGCAGAUGGAGACUGCCAGGAAAGCAAUGCCGAAAAACACACUAGAAGAGCAAAAACGCACAUGCGAAAUGGCAGCCUAUUUCACCCACUGCAAACUCCAACCAGUUCAUCAGAUCCUGACUCUAAGAACAGCUCUCAACAUGUUCUUCAAGCUCAAGAACUAUAGGACUGCAGCUUCCUUCGCCAGAAGACUUCUGGAGUUAGGCCCGAGACCAGAAGUAGCCCAGCAAGCGAGAAAGAUCCUUCAAGCUUGCGAGAAAUCACUUACUGAUGAACACCAGCUUCUAUAUGAUGAGCAUAACCCCUUCAAUAUAUGUGGUAUAAGCUAUAAACCUAUUUAUAGAGGAAAGCCAGAAGAAAAGUGUUCUCUCUGUGGAGCAAGCUUCUUGCCCGAGCAUAAAGGUAAACUUUGCCCGGUCUGUGGUGUAGCAGAAAUCGGCAAGGAUGUCAUCGGACUAAGAAUCUGCCCCCUACAGUUCCAGAGAUAAAAAUGUUCUUUAUUUAUACUUUAUUAUACAAUAAUAUAGAAAUUACUGUAAGAUUAUAGAAUAAAAGUAUUGUAUCACGUU